GUGUGCGACUGUGAUAAAGGAGGUUUCCUCUGGUACUGUCACUGUGUCUGGUAGCUAAGCUAGCUGCCGAAGCUAACACGGGGGGAGGUGUCGGCUCCGAGACCGAGGAGGCACCUUCUCCCUCCGCGCUGCGGGGGGUCGGAGUGCCUUGGUCGGCUUCAGACACCUAGCUGCUGCCGGGUGGACGACAACACUUCAUCUGUGUUGGUGGCUAAUGAUGGCACUAGUUCUAGUUAACUUUCUUCCUAUGGAGGAAGAUAAGGGGAGCUCCGCUAGUUAAGGGUGGUGUAAUAACAUGUACACCGUGUUCCCCUCGUCCAGGUCCCGUUACAUUACUGUCCCGGUCUUUAUGUUGCAUUAGUGGAAAUUAAAGCGGUGACCACCAGUGUGUUGUCAACGUCUAAUGGGUGUGUUUUCCGACUGUCAAUGUCGGUAUCGUAUGGACUGUUAAUUGAAUUAACGACGUAUUGUUGACAUCCAUCAGGGUACGUUGCCACGACACAUGUCGGGCUGCAGACGUUCAUAGGUCACACAUGCUGACCGCGCGGGAGGGGGGGACUCGGGACCGGGCUCGUCUGGCGGACCCAGGAUGUCUUGCAGCUACAUUUAUGACAGGGCAUUUAGCGGAUGCUUUUAUCCAAAGCGACUUAUAAUAAUUAGAUUUGUCAGGAGACAACAAUAUAUGCACCGUCAGUACAGUAAGGAUAGCUAAGCGCAACAGAUCCCUCCCACCGCGUCGUACUCCCUUAAAACAGCCUCCUCUGGUCCCUCCUUACUGUAGCCUAAGUCACUUAACACCAGCCUCCUUGGUCCCUACUCACUAAGUCACCACUGGUCCUGGAGAGGCACUGCACAGCAUUAGGUGGCUCCCGCAUACAGAACGAUGGCCGAAGGAUAACAUCCACGGAUCACGUUCCCUCACCGUGUGGUGACCCCUGUUUUCCUGUUGUUCUAUCACCGCUUCCUCGUCCCGUAACCAUCCACCUCCCCCACCUCCUUUUUUCCUCUCGUAAUUCUGUCGAAGAAAGGAAUUCAUACCUGCAGAACGGUCACCAAAAUAAUUCAUCCCCUCUGAUGGCAAGGGACCAGAGUUAGGCCACACCCCUAACAGAGGGCAGCAUUAGUGGACCACCACUGACUUGCUUCUCCAUGUUCCCACUGUCUGCCUGCUCCAUCCCUCCCUUGUGAGUGACACCCCGGCUUGUGAAAGGGGCAAUUUAUUGUUCCACACACUGUCCCAACCUGUUGCGUCUCUCCCCCAGCCUUUCUCCCUCCUUUGCUGUGAUUGGGUCAUGGUUCGCAAAAAAAGCUCUUUGAUCCUGUGUGGAGCCUUCCUAUUCGUCGUCUGGAACGCUCUGCUGCUGCUCUACCUAUGGGGGCGUCCGCCCAGUCUUGGGGAGGCGGGGGGAGGCGCUGAGCCCGGCGGGAAGGAGGAGUGGGGGGGCGACCACGGGGCCAGGGCCAACCUGGCAGGGGAAGUGAUCCGAUUGGCUGAGGAGGUGGAGGCGGAGCUGGAGACUCAGAAGAAACUGCUGAAACAAAUUGAGAGCCACAGGUCGUUAUGGGCUCAGCGGAAAGACCUGGGCAAACGGGCCAUGGACGAUGGGGGCGCCGACAAGCAGCAGAAGCAUCCGGAGAAACAGCCGCCCGGACCCCAGGUUCCCCCAAAAGACCCUUUAGACAAGAAAGACCAAAUCCAGGCAGAACAUUCCCAGGAGUUGAAUCCGGCUCCAGACCCAGAUCAGAAGGCCGUUUCGAUACAGGCGCAGCCCGUUCUGAAUAAUGAACUGGAAACCACGGUCACCAGCCCUCAGACAGUCAUUCCCAUCUUGGUGAUCGCCUGCGACAGGGUGACGGUGAGGCGGAGCUUGGAUCGGUUAAUCCAGUACCGCCCCUCUGCCAAGCUAUUCCCAAUCAUAGUUAGUCAGGACUGUGGCCACGCCGAAACGGUCCGCGUGAUUGGCUCGUACGGCGAUCAGGUGACCCAUAUCAGGCAACCAGACCUAUCGGACAUCAGAGUACGACCAGAGCACAGGAAGUUCCAGGGUUACUACAAGAUCUCCAGGCAUUACCGCUGGGCGCUGAACCAGGUGUUCAACACAUUCUCCCACUCCACCGUGGUCAUCGUGGAGGACGACUUGGAGGUGGCGCCGGACUUCUUCGAGUACUUCCGGGCGCUGUACCCCGUGCUGCGCGCCGACCCCAGCCUGUGGUGCGUGUCGGCCUGGAACGACAACGGGCGGGACGCCCUGGUGGACCCGGGCAAGGCGGAGCUGCUCUACAGGACGGACUUCUUCCCGGGCCUGGGCUGGAUGCUGCUCAAGGACCUGUGGGACGAGCUGGAGCCCAAGUGGCCCUCGGCCUUCUGGGACGACUGGAUGCGGCAGCCCGAGCAGCGGCGGGACCGCUCGUGCGUCCGGCCGGAGGUGUCCCGGACCAUCACCUUCGGCCGCAAGGGGGUCAGCCUGGGUCAGUUCUUCGACCAGUACCUGCGCUACAUCAAGCUCAACGGGGAAUUUGUGCCUUUCACAAAGCAGGACCUGUCCCACCUGGUCAAGGAGCAGUACGACGCGCGCUUCGUCAAGGAGGUGUACGGGGCCCCCCUGGUGAGGGUGGAGGACCUGCUGCAGGGGAGCACCCUGACGGGGACGGGACCCUUUCGGGUGCAGUACUCCAGUCGGGACAGCUUCAAGGUGCUGGCCCGCAAUCUAGGGGUGAUGGACGACUUGAAGUCGGGGGUUCCCCGUACGGGCUACAGAGGCGUGGUUAGCUUCCUGCAUCGCGGCCGCAGGGUGUUCCUGAGCCCCCCGGAGGGCUGGACCAAGUACGACGUGAGCUGGAGCUGAGGGGCUCUGAGCGCAGAGCUCAGAGUCAAGAGUCUGGCUGAAGCGGACGAACCUCUGAAACCAAAGAAGUGAUCACCGGUGUUAAUGAAACUAACUUGAGCUUCAUUCAUAGCCGCUGAAGGAUCAGAGGAUUUACACCGGUGGGGUGUAGGAAAACUGAAGUCGGUGAGCUGUAAUGGAUGAAACAUCCUAAAACCUUUAAAAAGAACCGGCUUAUGAAGGCUCUCUAAUGAUUAGAUCAACUCUGAUUGGUGUCAUGUGUUUAAAUGAUCAGCCUUUCUAUUUUGUCUACAGGUAAAAAACCCUCAGAACGGCUUCUGGUUACAGGCUUCAUAAGUGAUGUAAUCACUAACGAGGUCCACUUUUCUGCUUGAGCAGAUCUUUGUUAUAUCUUUAAAACCUACUGAGUAGCCCUAAUACAGUUCCAUAUUAAAUCAGAACAAUUGAAGAUGCCCAUCUUGAGAAUCACUUGGGAUGGUGAAUUAAAGGUGCAAUUGAAGUACUUAAGUAUGUGUGAAUGAACCAGGGUUAUAAUAGUAGCUUUUAACAGAGAGAACUGUAUAGGACAACUGAGAUUUAUUUUAUGAAAUUUUAUUUAACUCGCCUUGAAAUAGAACUGAAAAGGCUGUUCUUGCUGCAUUGACUCAAUAUCCAAACAUUUGGUCUGGCAUCACAUGUUCCUUCUGUUAGUGUCAACACCAUGAACAUAUAGGCCCAGUUAGAACUAAUGUCCUGUAUCUCCAACCCAUGGUUUGGUUUUGAAGUUAGGUUUGUUGAAAAACCAAUAUUUUCUUUUCUGACGCGUUGGAAGAUUUGGGUGUAUCGGUAAUCAUUGUACUGUAUUUUCAUUUGGGAAAUGAUUGAGAGAAUGGAAAGAUUGCCAUUUCUUCACGGUAAUGUGUAAAACCACUGCCUGAUGCGUUUACAGUUUUAAUACAUUACAAAUAAAGCCAACUAUUUUGAUAUUUGC